CGAGCAGUUGCGACGACGAACACCCGCCAGUUACGACACGAGCGAAGACAUUUCAUCGCCCUUCUGGGACCCUCUUCGAACGUUCCAAAGCAGUUUGGUUGCAAGAUACAGGGCGAAGGCUAUUGAAGCGGCACACAAAUCUCUUCGAAAAGCCACUGUACUAGUAGAGCGCAAAAAGCAGCAGGACGCUGCAAAGCGGGCAGAAGCCAGAGUAGAAAGGCAAAUUCGGGAGGCAGCAUUGCUCAGCGAGAAAGAGAAGCAGCAGGCUCCGUUGGAGGAGCAAGUGAUGCAGAAGCAGGCCGCUUCUGAGGAGGGUGAGCAGAGACGAUUACACCAUGCGCUAGAGCAGCGAAAGCGAAAAGCCGAGCAAGAGGAAAGUCGGGGCUCCCAAAGCGAAAGCAGACACGUCCAGGCGUUGCUGCAGAAACAGGCCGCGCACGCACAGCGGAAAGCCGAAAGACGCAAGGCCCGCGCUGAGCGGGAGGAGGCCACCAGCAGACGAGAGAAGCCGACACUUCAUCCGGCGAGGGAGCAAGAAGCGAAAGCAGAAGUAGAAGACCCGCCUGGGGCAGAGGAGGGGGUGGGCCUGCACCUUGCAGCGGAGGUUGACGCGGAGAUGCUGGACGAGGAUGCAGACGAAGAGAUGGAGCAGGAUAUCGAUUCCGACACGGAAACGAGCGGAACGGGCGAUGAAGCCGACAUUGACGAGAGCGAUCAUAAAGUCCGUGGCGAUUCUGCUUCACUAGACCCUGACGAUGAUUUUCCGUCGGACACCGAAGAGCAGGACCCAGCGCUCUGGCAGACCUGGGCCGAAUUCGGUCCGCAGUUCUUCCACCAGACGGUGGAAUACUACACGACAUCGCGGGAUCUGCAAGCUGUGAAGCAAGCGAUUGGAACCGCUUCUACGAUCGGUGACACCUCUCGUCGUCCCGAGGGCAGUACAAGUGUUCCAGGUCCCCGCCCCGCCGAAGCUGGCACUCCAGCAUCUUCCGAGUCUUACGUUCCGGACGUUCCUGCGUCUAUCCACAAUUUAGUGGCACAUGUUCCCUUCAACUAUUUGCAAGAGCUCGCCGCGGAUUUUUUGGCCGUACUGCAGCCAGAAGGUCUUAGUCUUCCUGCAGAAAUAGCAUCUGGUGAUGGUGGAGGUGGAGUAGAAGGUUUGCCGACAGAAGGCGAAGGACCACAGGGCACUCGCAGCACCAACGGGGUAUGGGAGGAUGUGGAGGGUAUCAUCGACUCCUUUGAGCAGACUUUCAGGACCCGGCUACAAAAAGGUACUUCUGAAAGUCGUCCUACAGAGGAUGGUGGUGCAGGAGCAGCAGGACGAGGCUCUAGCGAUACCGAAGUUGUAGAUGCGGCCAGCACAGAGGGCGACGGAGAUGAGUUUAUGCAGGAUGAGACUCCCGUGGAGGUGGACCCCACGGAUCAUCCAAGAGCGGAUCAUCCUCCGGAUCGAGAGCGAGAUGCGGAAGCAGAGCGAGAUGCUGCGUCAAGUGUAGAAAGUUUUGCGCCUGCACCAUCUCCGCACGAAGAACUGCGGUGGUCGAGGGCUUUUCGCGAAGCAGUGCGUACGUGGCUACACGGAGACCACCCGGUCUUCCACAAAGUGUUUGGCGAUGACGCAAGCGUUACCGACGCGGUUCGCAUGUUCGUCGCCCGCGGCUUGGAAAAGCCGAAGCGCAUCAUUUCCAAGUGGUUCGCGAUAAAGGUACUACAGCCGCUGAAAGAAUUGAAUCUGAGGCAUGAACAAGUGCUGCAGAACCAAGCAGCAGGAAAUGUUGGAAGCUCGACGGAUGUUGGCGUGGCUCCAUCACCUGCACCUCCUGCGUCAGACACUGCGAGCACCACACGAACUGGAGCUGCUGGCGCGCCGGUUGAAGCUCUCUUUUUGAAGUAUGCCGAUCUUGUGGCCAAGCUCGCUUUUGUCUACGCAGUGACUCCGGUUUUUUCCAUCGGGAACGACGGGGACGAUAACAACCGCCCCUCGGUAUUUUCCGAGGUUGAAACACGUUUGCGGGAGCGCGUACGGCAGGCCAAGAACAGCAACAGAGAGAGUGAACACGACGGCAGACCAGCGGGGAAUGUGCACGAAGGAGGUCUGUCGGCCGUUUCGGCUUUGCUGUCUGCGCACUCGACCUGGCUUUCGCUCUACUGGCAAAACGCUUUCACAACGCACGAGGGCGAACCUUUGAGCUUCUCCGCGGUCUUUGCGGCACUCAUUCCAAAAUGGGUGCGCGAGCGGUGGAACGCGAUGGGCAAAAACAGCCGGGCACACGACGAGGACGCAGUGGGCGAGGACGGAGCGGGUGAGCCGGAAGUGGAGCAAGAAUAUCGACCCUUUGCGACGCUCAUUUUUUUGGUGGAUGAGGUGCUCCACGGCAGUGUGGCGAGGCUUUUCGGCACGGACCCAACCCGCACUAUUCUGGGCUCGUUUCUCGCGAUGGACCAGCAACCUACCGGGGAUCAGCUCUUCGCGACCUCCGCCUCGGCCGCCACGAAAGCACUGCAAUUGCAGUCGCUUUUGCAGAGUGAGGUAGCUGCCACUGCUGGCGGAGCCGCGGCUGGGAUGGAGGGCGGCCCAUUUGCAUCCGCCAUGGGUCGUGAGGAUCUUCAUGGAGCUUUCGAGCAAGACAGCCAGUUUUUGAUUCGGGUUUUGAACGAAGCAAUUUUUCGACGCCGGUCCGAGUUUGCAGGCGCGCGAACCUUGACGCGCACUUUUGCGGAGGCCGCGCGGGUGGUCAAGGAUACUUCUGACAGCAGCGCGGAAGAGAUUCUCGAGCGCUGGAAAGCGAUCUACGAGCGCGUGUUGUGGUCUUCGUCGACUAUUACAGCUGCAAGUGCUGGACGAGAUGCCGCCGCAUCGGACGACGAGAAUCAAGAAGAUGAAUCCGCACAAGGAUCUACUCGCUUCCCGUCUUCUCACACGAACUACCUUCGAGCUUGGGAGGAGUACUUCCGAGACAGCAGCGUGGUGGACGCAAUUUUUGGCCUGGUAUGGCAGAAGACAAUGCGGGACCGCGUUUACACACCCGCAUUCGUACAGUUUCAAGAAAAUGUCUUUGCGCUCGUUGACAAAGGUUUGAAGAACAAAAAGAGCGACCUAGUGCCAUCUGCUCCUUCCGUCACGACCAUUAGUGUUAUCACAUGGGUUCACAAGGUCGCCACUCUGGUCGUGGAGCUGCUGCAAAGCUCCCGGGCGGAUCUGGACGCCGCGGCCGCCGAGUCUCGGCUGGCGACGAAAGCAUUUUGGGAAGAGAUGCGAAACAAGUACCGGCUUCCCCUGGCUAAUUUGCUUCAGGAACUGGAUGUGGCGUAUCAAGCGAAGCUGUCGUUCCGGUGGAUGCCCACCAUGCUCGUCAAACUGAACAACUUCCACAAUUGGUGGACAACGUCUCCUGCAAGCAUCUCUCAGAUGGGUCAGAAGCAUUGGCAACUGGUCAACACGUACCUCCUCGGCUUGCGGACGCACCUCGCGUCGAAAAUAGUUGCCGCCACCAAGCACCAUUUUGCAUUCCGCGGCAGUACGGUGGAGCAGUGGCUAGGGUUGACCAACGAAGGCAACUUGGAGGACAAACAAGUGGCGGAAAUCCUGCGGUUGUCCGGAAAGCCGGAGUACGAGUUCGCGCUAGGGGAGACGUUGUUGGCCGGGAGAAGCAACAAAUGGCUGAGGGAUAUCUGGGAAAAGUCUUUGCGGCCUUGGGCAGCGACCACGCUCGCCGGGAACUCCCGCCUCUUCGGCGGGUUGUUGCAAAGAGCAAAGCGGGUCUCGGAGUACGUUGAUGCCGCCUACCUAUCGGGAACUUUUACCGAGGCCGGCGGUAGAGGCGCGGCAUUCGCGAAGCGCUUGCACGAACUCGCGCACGACCGCGACGUGUUGGAGAGAGUUAGUCGUACCGGAUUCCGGAGCUUGCCCGCGUCGGAAAAAACAGCCGCUCGAGAAGCCCUACGGAAGUAUGGAGCAGGUACUAGUACAUUUGGUCAGCCGCAGGGUGCCGCUGGCGUGUCCUCGGAUUCUUCUUACGAGGGUCUUGGUUCCACGGCCGCCUCGUCCGGUACAGAAAGCGGGGCGGCUAGCUCGAGCGCAAGCUCUGUCUUCGCUACUACAGAUGCUACCGCGAAAAGAAAAGUAGUCAACAAGGCUGAGAAGAAGCGGCUCAGAGCGGCAGCUGCCUUGGAGGAGCAGCAGAGUUCUGGAGCAGGAGUUCCUGGAGCUGCCGCCCCGGCGGCCGGGAAGGCACCAGCUGGUGUUCCGGCCGGAGCACGAGCAAGUCCGGCUAGCGCAAGCAAUCACGCGCAAAAGGCGGUGGGAGAAGGAGCAGAAACUGCAAAUGCGAUCGCCCUUGCAAUGACGCUCGUGAAGGGAAAGUUAGUUGACUUAGUGUGGAGCGAUGUCGCACGCUUGCCGGAACUGUUUGAGGCUCUUGAAGCUAUUUGGGGCGGCACGGCACGGAAUUUCUUUUCCUUCACGCUUCUCGCCGAUUUUUUUGCAAGACUCUCUGCGGCAGAGCGACUACAGAACCGGCUCACAGACUGGAUCGGCUGGAACGCAGUCAAAAACCGCCUCGGACUUGAAAACUUUGCGAGGUUUCUAGUCAGAAAAAGGCACAGCGGCCCUGCUGACCGGUUUGACCUUGUUUCCCAGAGCCUACCUCAAGAGUACGACACACAACUACAUCAAACGGAUGUGUCCUCGCUCUUUCCAACCGUUAUUAACGUGCCUCGAGGCUCCCUGGUCGCGGUGCUUGAUGAAAACGCCGCUGACGGUCGCAAUUCACGCAACAGCUUUGAUGAACACGAACAAUUCAUGCGGCGCUCCGCGCUCUGGUCUCUCUUUCCCGAACACAUGCUGACGAAGGCGAAGCUGGUAUGCACGCUCGAAGACUGCACAGUUGCGGCGAUCACGCCGUGCAUCGACGAAACCAAAAAAGUGCCUUGCUUUGGCCUACUCGCGAGCAAGGCUUCCCUUCUCGAUUUUCGUCCUCAGACUCACGGCAGCGUGCAGCAGCAUUACAUCAGCCCGAGGACGCUCACCGGUUUUCAAGUGCAAAGUCCCGCUUUACUCUCGCUGCACCACACGGUAAACCUCUCUUGCCCACCCUGCAAUCAACUCAGCCUCGUAUCCAGGUGGCUGCCUCCCGCCGUGCGGGAAAACGCGCGCAGGUUGGACAACGUUGCAGACAGGGCGUCUAAGCUUUUUGAGGCGGUCGCAAAGGACGUUUUCGACAAUAAUUCUGCAACUACCUGUAGUUCUACGGACGGCAAUUCCGAGGUGCCAGCCUCCGCUUCCGCUGGUAGUUCGUCGGGAAGUCGUUCGUCGGGACGCCGUGGCCGCUCCCAGGGUGGAACUGCGGCAGGGCAGGGAGCGGGCACUGACACGGAAAGUAGCCCGAGUUCUUCAUCGGGAAGCGCUGCAGGCUUGGAUUUCCAGGCGCUGUUCGCGAAGUACUCCGGAGACUUCGUUGACCUUUUCGGACAUGCGAUGACGGCGUUUCGGCAUUUGGGUAGCGGUUUCUCCCGGUGGACUUCGCCGCCGUCUGACGCUGAUGCGGCAAUGCGGGAGCAUAUCGGUCGUUUCGCGAGAUCGGUAAACAUGGCGCGCAACAGUUAUGGCAUCACGGACGAAGAUGCAGACUCCUCUUCGUCUGACGAAGACAGUGGCUCCGAGCCGAAUGUUGACACGAGGCAGCGGUGGCGGCGAGGGCAGCCAGGAACGGGCUCGACAAAUGAUGUCAUCAGAUUAGAAGUUGAUGGAGAAACCAUAGAACUUCCGAACACGGCAGGCGUUUUUCCGGAUUUUAUUGAACGACUUGCCGGCUUAAACUUGCAGCCUUGAACAAGGUAAAAACACAUAUGGAUGAUCAGUAUAGGAUUUCUAGCGGAAGCAGGAAGUUAUGGACUUCUGCUCUCGAUUUUGUCGCAUGUGCAGAGCAGACGCACCAUUUGUUUUGAGAAUUCAAGUUUCUCAGUUUUGACAAGGUAGCAGCGCCUUAUUUUUGUCGAACAAAACAAGAAUAUCUUGACCUGUUCAAGAAAAAAUCACGCGAGCGGAGCUUUGAUUAGCUCACCGCAAAGUGUGACUCCGAGCUGUUGUGUUGACGAAAACGUGCAAAGGAAUGGUCAAUGGAU